AUGACCUCAGUGCCGGAACUGACCGACCUCUUCACCCGGCUCGCCACCCACUUAAACGACACGUCGUUGCCUCAUCGCACUUCCCAAGACCAACAAGCCGAAUCUGCUCUGGGCCUAUCAAUUUCGAAUCUGAACCAGUCCCUAAACCUCGGCGGCAAUUCUAGGGUUAGGGUUUUGGACACGGUCCUAUCUCUGAUGUGCUUCAAAGCGCCCCAGGUUUUCGAUUCGGUGAUUGCGUAUUCGGUGAAGACAAUUGUCACUGUUUUGUUGUCUUCGAUUCGCUGUGACGUCUUUCGGAGACCGAAAGAUGAAAUCUUGGUGAUUGGGAGCUCCAUUUCUCGCCGAGAUUGCGGUGAUUGGAUCGAAUCGUGUGGUGAGAUUCUUGAGAAAUUGGAGGGACAUGGUAAGCUUUCGGAGUCUUUACUGUGUGCCAUUGUGAGAGUUGCUAGUUCGGCAUCUCUGUAUCGGCAGCCGUCAAUUCCCAUUCGUGAUGUGAAAUCAGUGGAUGGGAGGAAUAGCUUGAUUUCGAAGCUGCUAUGUCAUUUGCCUAGUGCAACGUUGCUUGAUAACGACAAAAUAUCUCUCAGGUUGCUGAUUUGGUAUCUUGAUCCACUGGUUUUGAAGCGUGAUGUUUCAAACAUCUUGCAAGUAGCCAUGAGGAGGCCAUUCCUUUGUUUGAGUAAAGAGUUUCAUGAGAGUACUGAGUGGCGCUCCAUUAUCAUAUCCUUGGUACUUUCUCCCAUGAUGUUUGUUGAGGCCAGAGUUUUGUUGCACAGAUGGUUCCUACUCACGGGUUUGGCUUCUGUGCAUGAGCUUCUAAUUCAAUUGGUCUCAGUGACAUUAGAUGUGAUUUUGAGACCCAUGUUCUGGGACAUAUCAGCAGAAUUGGGAGGAAAGUUACCGUUUUCCAAUGCUUAUUUUCCUUACAACCACCACUUGUUAAGGAACUUGGCUGGACCCCUCUCCUAUGAUGGUUUCCUACAUCUACUGAACGAGACAAGUGAACCGGUACCUUCUGCCAAGACUCAACUUUAUCCAUCUAUUAAGUCACCUAUACUGAAGGUUUCAGCUGUCGAUCACAAGUCUAUCUGGUCCCUGGCUAUCAACUUCCCAGAUUGGUUCUACUUUGCUUCUGCAUUGCUGUUCUCAGAGAAAGGUUCCCACAACAAUUGUCAUAAAGUAUGCUUAUUGGCAGCAUCCAAAGUUGGGAAAACACAUUAUGAAGAACUGCCUUCCAUUGCGGCAGCAAGGUACAUCGCUUGGAUUUUGAGUCCUGUUAGUAAGUCUCACCAGAAUAGGCUGGCCGAUUGCUUGAUUAAACAUUCAGAGUCCCCGGCUUUUAAACAGUCACGUGACAAAGAAACAUUCUACAAGAAGAAACUCAAGAAACUCAAACUCUGUGAAGAGGAUCAUACUUCCACAAGAGAGUAUGAUGAUCAAAGCAUUGCAGUCUGGCUCAAUGGAUUCAAUAAAAUAUGCACGGUAUAUUGCUGUGAAAAUGUUAACAGUUAUGAAUCAUCUGAAAGAAAACCAUCCGGUGGUCUUAGUCUGCAGAAAAAUGUCUUGUUCCAGAGAAUCCCACUAGGUAUCUUGCUUUGUUGCUCCAGUCGUCUCAGUGAAGAGGGAUUAGAACUGCUGCUGAAUUAUGCCACCACGGGCAGAAUUUUUCAGUCAAGGGAAACUAAGACUCCCGGACUGAAGCAUAUAAAAUGGAACUCCAGAGGGAAUAAGAACCCAAUUUCAUGGACUGAUGAAUGUAACGAAAAAGAGGUUGUAGCAGGUGCAUUUCUUGUUUUCAGCUUCACCGAUAUUGUUGAAAGUAUGUGUUCUUCACUAUUUGAGACCCAAGAGGCUAGCAUAGACUUCAUUUGCCGGGUGAAAGUGCAGGUCGGCAAAUACUUGAUUAAAUGCAUUAAGAGGUUCAUUCAACUCGGAGUUGAUGAUGAUGUGGUGGUGAUGGAUCUCUGCAGUAGAUUGGAGCAGUGGAGGCAUCAAGGACGAGUAGUAUUGGAGCUCCAGAAAGAUGUUGAUAAUGUCAUUCAAGUCCUAAAUCAGAUAUUUGCCUUCUGUGUUUCAUGA